CUAAUUUGGGAAAAUUAGACGCGUACUUCACAACAUUUCAACGUAUCGCAGAACUUAACACUUUAUUGAUAAUCGAACCUUUCGACGCCAUUGUCACACAGCCCAUCAAUCUCAAGGUUUUGUUAGAAUUGGGAAGUAGAUAUAAGUAUAAAAGCUUUUUACAAUAACUGAGCAUAAUAGAUCUCGAAAUGUUGUAGUCAAAUAUGCCUGCUUCAGUCACAUAUUUUGUCCUGUUUUAACAUGAGAUGAAUUAAGAUGAACACCUCCAAUAAAUGGAUGUCGAGAUUUUGUAUAAUUGGGGCCAAAACUUUGAUAAUGUCGUUCUGGAUGGGGAUCUGGCGUACCAAAGACUUAAUGGUUGUGACCGCUUCGGUUCCGGGAUUAGAAAUCGCUGGUAGAAUGAUUAUACUUUGUUGUGUAUUGACUAUAUCGAUGUCUCCUUUCAAGUAAACACAAUUUUAACAAACUUGUACAGAAGUUUUUAGUCUUUCCAAGAGCAUGGUCAACUCUUUCACCCGGAGUUGUAUUCACAUUCCCAUUUCUUCAACCACCUAUGCAACAUCUAUUUAAGAGAGGUCCACAUAAAGGAAAUAGAUAUCAUCUUGGGCCAAUCUAGAGCGCCCCCGGACCCAGUUUUUUGGCCCAUUUCGGAUGCUCGACCGUUUCUGUAAAGAUCUUCAGUUAUAUUUUCUGCAGACAUGCCCAACUGCAGUUGUGCCAACGCCAUUUCUGCAAGUUAUGUGCCAGUCGUCUGUCAACUGCCAGCACAUACUAGCUUACAUGUUAACACGUCAAAUGUUCACUACCUGGUACAACUACCAUCUCACGUUAUAUUUACUCUCAAUGUUCAUAAGCGAUGGUUUAGUCUCGUCUCGCAGCCAUAUGCCAACCGUCUUAGCCUGGGCCCGUGUCACCGACAACACGAUAUAACCGCCGUUUCACCUCCAGCCUGGCGCCUAAGAACCCCGACUGCCACAAAAACAUGGGGUUGAAACCUUACGGGAUCUACCCCUAUUCAGGCUAAACAAAUACGUGGCAUGGCACCGGCCUGCAGCAUAAAAAAACAAGAGAUGAGAAAAAAACUUUAGCCGAGAUUCUACGCAAGAGGAAUAUACAAUAAGUCUGUACAAGUGGCCUGUAUGUUGUUCUAGGUCAUUGAAUGAAUUUUGUGUGAUCUUACACUGUUAGUACAAAAACUUCGGUUUGGUUUAAUCCAUUUCGUAGGGGUAUCAGAAAUUUGGGUAUACUUGGUCUAUCAUGCAAUGAGUACUUCAGACUGGUGCACAGCAUCUUUGUCUUCAUCUAGCCCAUGAAAUGGUGAAUUGAAACAUACGUUUUCCUGACUUCUUGGAAUGUGGUGAAUAAC